AUGUUUAGAGAGAAAAAAGAUUAUGGGUUAGGUAGAGCGAUUUUGCCAAAAAAUAUUGCGAUACCAUUAUCCAUUAUUGCCAAUAAAUUAAAUGCCCACCCGUUCAUGGAAUACGCUCUUUCCUACAGUUUGUAUAAUUACCAAAGAAUCGAUCCAUCAAAACCAAUAAUUUAUCCAAACCUAAAACUUAUUCGUGAAUUUGCUGGCACAUCUUCAGAACACGGGUUUAUUCUGGUUCAUGUUGCCAUGGUUGCUAACUCUGGCCAAUUGGUCAGGUCGACAAUUGAAACUCUGAGUUCAGUCGAAUAUCAAAAUCGAAAUAAAUUUAAUAAUUCAUUAAAAAACCUUUACGAGACAAUGACCUUGAUUAACAAAGAAAUGGAAACAAUGUGGUCAAGAUCUGAUCCUGCAGACUACUUGAAAUUUAGAACUUUUAUCAUGGGUUCCAAAAAUCAACCAAUGUUCCCAAAUGGUGUAAUUUACGAGGGUGUUAGAGAAUCGGGUGCAAAUGAUUCAAUGAUUCCAUGCAUGGACAACUUAUUACAAUUAACGUCAAAAAUGCCCGAUAAUCCAUUAACAAGUGUCCUAAAAGAUUUUAGAAAGUAUCGUCCUACCAAUCACAAAGAAUUUCUUGAUUAUGUUCAUCUCAAAGCCGAGCAAGUUGAUGUUAGAGGAUUUGCUGUAAUGGAUGCAAAUAGUUCAGCACUUUAUCUAUCAAAUAUGGAUCAAGUACGAGAAUUUCGUCAUCGUCAUUGGAACUUUACAAAGGAAUACAUCAUUAAAAAUACAAAACAUCCUGUCGCCACUGGUGGUUCUCCAAUAGUCACGUGGUUACCAAAUCAACUAGGAACAGUGUUGAAUCAAAUGAAUCAAAUAGCUCAAUUAUUGGAUUAUAGCGCUUUGACACCUGACAAUAAAAUUUUGGUGGAUCAAAUUGCUAACAGAGCUGAUAGUCAAGAAAGAAUUUUGAAUCGCGAAGUGGAAUUGUUAAAAGAAAAAUUUGAAUUGGUUCGUUCUGUUUGCAUCACAGAGCCUUUAAGUUCUGUUGAGGCCUCUAUUUCUUAA